AUGCAAAUGGGAGUGGAGAGCCCUGUGAUCGUUUGUUCUGUAACUGCCCACGCUGCUUUCGAUAAGGCGGCCUUCAUAUGUGGUAUGCGCAUUCGUCACAUUCCGGUGGAUGAAAACAAUCGAGUCAAUUUGAGCAAAAUGGAAAACGCCAUAGAUUCUGACGUUUGCAUGCUUGUUGCUUCGGCGCCGAAUUUCCCAUCGGGAACAGUCGAUCCUGUUCCAGAAGUUGCACAGCUGGGAAAGAAGUACAACAUUCCGGUUCACGUCGAUGCGUGUCUGGGAGGAUUUCUUAUCCCAUUCAUGGAUGAGUGCGGUUUUGACAUCCCAGUUUUUGAUUUCCGCAAUGAAGGUGUAACAAGCAUCAGCUGUGACACUCACAAAUAUGGUUGUACACCAAAGGGCAGCUCUAUAGUAAUGUAUCGAUCAAAGGAGUUGCUUCAUUACCAGUACUUCUCUGUUCCAGAAUGGACUGGUGGUAUUUAUGCCACCCCGACCAUCUGUGGAAGUCGAGCGGGUGCUAAUUCGGCUGCAGCUUGGGCCACUCUUUUGUCGUUCGGAAAGAAGGAGUAUCGCAGAAGAUGUCAUGAGAUUGUCUCUCACACGAGGAAAAUAGCUGCAGGCGUGCAGCAAAUAGCUGGUUUAGAGCUGCAUGGUUCUCCUGACGUGUCCGUUGUUGCAUUUAAAAGUUCUGUAUUCAACAUCUAUGCAGUGAGUGACAAAAUGAAUAAACGAGGGUGGAACCUAAAUACGUUGCAGAAUCCGAACGCCAUUCAUAUCUGUCUCACCUAUAAUCACGCCAGCCAAGAAGUGGUGGAUGCUUUCUUGAGAGAUCUCAAAGAAGUAGCUGAUGAAGUAAGCAGAAGUAGUGACAAAGGGAACAAAAGUAGUACGGCUGCUCUCUACGGUAUGGCUGCUCAAAUUCCCGACAAGUCCUUGGUAGAUGAAAUGACGUACGAGUUCCUGGACGCGUGCUACGCAAAACCACCUCUCCAUUGA